AACGAAAUUUAGAGGAGCAAACCAUCUUAAAGAGUUACAUAGAUAGAUAUUGAUUUAUAUCUGAAAAUGGUUGUAGCCCAUUUUGUUCUGAUUCAUACCAUAUGCCAUGGUGCAUGGGUUUGGCACAAACUCAAGCCUGUGCUCGAGGCAGCUGGCCACAAGGUCACUGCAUUGGACCUCGUAGCUAGUGGUAUGGACCCAAGGAUAAUUGAGCAAGUUGAUUCAUUUGAUGCCUAUUCUGAACCAUUGUUGAACUUUUUAGAAACACUCCCUCAAGGAGAAAAGGUAAUUCUUGUUGGUGAGAGCUGUGGAGGCCUCAAUGUUGCCAUUGCUGCUGAUAAAUACCCACAGAAAAUUGCAGCUGCAGUUUUCCACAAUUCCCUAAUGCCGGAUACCGUUCAUAACCCAUCUUAUGUUCUCGACAAGUUUAUGGAGGUAUUUCCGGAUUGGAAAGACAGUGUGUUUGAGACAUAUACCAAUGGUGUCGACACUAUAACCACAUUGAAAUUAGGUCACUAUCUUAUGGAAAAUUAUAUAUAUACAGAUUGUCAUCCAGAGGAUCUUGAGUUGGGAAAGAUGUUGACAAGGAAGGGAUCUCCGUUUCGAGAAACUUUAGCGAAGCGAAAAUUUUUCACCAACAAAGGUUAUGGAUCGAUUAAGAAAAUUUAUAUUUAUGGGGACGAAGACAAAAUAAUGACAGAAGAAUUUCAUGAAUGGCAAAUAGAAAACUAUAAACCAGAGAAAGUAUAUGUGGUGGCAGGUGGAGGUCACAAGCUAAUGCUUUCAAGGGUUAAUGAUCUCUUUGCUAUUCUCCAAGAGGUUGCUUACACAUAUGCUUCCCUUUGAAGCAUUUACUCUAACGUAGGGUGCAACUAUAAAUAAAUAAUCUCAUGUUUUCAUGUGGGAUUUUAGUGAUGUUUUGAUCUCAUGAAGAGAUUGUUAUAUAUGGAAGACAUAAUUCAUUGUAUCAUGAUAAUAUCUCAUGUAAA